AUGUUCAAGGCUGUAAGAAACGAGAAGCUUGCUAUGUUCUUUGCAAGGGACUUUUCACAAGAAGCUCACAAACAAGCGGCGAUCAAGAAUGCUUGUACCCUCCUUUCUCAGCACAGAUAUGACCUGGCUGCAACAUUUUUCCUGCUUGCUGGGUCCUUUCAAGAUGCACUUGAAACUAUCUUGCAAAAGAAGAAAGAUACUAUGCUUGCUCUGCUUGUCACGAGACUGUAUGCAAAGGCUGACAGCGGAGAGGAGGAGGAGAUGCAGAGGGAGGCGGAGGAGCGGGAGGAACAUCAUGAGCAGGAGAAGGAGAAAGAGAAGGAGGAGAAGGAGGAAAAAGAGGACAAGAGAGGAGAGAUCGAGUCUUCUCUUGACUUCUUGUCCUCCAUGGAAUCCUCUCACAACCACAGGCUCGUCAGCUCGACCAACAAGCUUGACAGCGUCAAGCUCGCGAUCGAAAUGUCUGAACUGAUGGCAAUCGUUUCAAAGAUAUCGUCCCACCCUCGUGUCCGUCGUAUCCUCAAUCUUGCAGAGAGUGGAGAUGAGGAGUGUCUCCGAGCGCUGCCUGCUGCCCAACGAUGCCUCUCACUCCGCAGAGCUCUCAACUCUCACAUUGUCUCUUCUCUCAUGUCUGCAGGGUGUUAUGACCUCGCCAUGUACAAGAUGUACAACGAUGGCCAGGAUGGAGAGAGAGAGCUUAGUCGAGCAAAGGAGAGAAAAUCUUCGCUUUCGUACCUGCCUUCGACUUCGACUUCAGCUUCAGCAUCAGCAUCAGCAUCAGCAUCAACUUUCUUGCCUGUCACGCCGGACUGGAAGCAUCCCUUCACUCUGCAGUCCAACGACCCUGACAAGGUUGUGGAGUUUGUGAAGCAGAUGAAGCAGGAGAAGGAGAAACUGCAGAAUCUUGGUUUCUCCGUGGACCUCAUCGAGCAUCUCGUGACCCAGGAAUGUUGGAAGUCUCUUCGAUUCGACUGUUACGCUGCGCUGAGCUUGUCCUGUGUCGACCCUUCCUGGCAUCUUGACUCGCUGAAGUUGCUGUCCAACUUAGGAGCCUCGUCGGCGACCAGCGAUACAAGAGAAGCCUUGUCCUCAGAUGCAGCCAAGACAGAAAUGAUCAAACAGCUUUGCAUCGCUGAAUAUUUCACUCUCCUGCGAACAUUCUGGACGACAAGACAGUCAGUCGGACUGUUCAUUCUCUUAGCAGACAUGCCGGCGAGGAGGAGGCAGCAGCUCAGCUCAUCUGAAUCCUUCUUCCUCAUGUGCCAGCUCGCCAUCUCUCGUCUCUCAAGGGUAGAAUCGUUUGCAUGGGCCGGGAGCUGGACGCAACCUUCUGCUUCCGAUCUCAGCUUGGUCGUGCCCGACCACCUGGUGGAGUGUUACGGGGAGGUGGAGGGGAGGAGGCUGGAGGGAAACAACCAGCUGCUGUCACAGAGGAGGGAGUUGGAGGUGCUUCUCGUGGAGCUGGUGCUCCUGCAGAAGCUACAAGGUCUCAUCGACUCCUGCCUGGCUCCGGACCUCUCAAAAGACGUUCAUGCUGAGUUCCUCGCCUGCAUCCAGGGGGAGGUGAAGGCAUGGAGGAGGAGGCACUUGCAUGCUACCCUCAAGCAAGCUGCCCAGCUCCCCUGGCACGCAACAGCAACAGCCGCGUCCCUCCUCCUCAACCUGCCGCAGGUGCGGCCCGAGCAGGUGGCAGGAGCGGGCAAGCAGGAUCGGAUGAGCACGAUCUUGACCCUCACGGCGUCUCAGGCAUGGAAGGAGGACAGCAGGCGUCUGGAGCUCCGGGACAUCGCCAGCGCACUCCUUGCUGCCUCCCAGCCCGUCGCCCUGGACCAAUACCCAACGACAUGGCUGGGCCCUGAGGAAGUGCUGCACAUCUCGAGGGGAGAGGCUCUACGCGCGGUCUGCCUCAGAGCCGAUGACUCUGAUCAUGCUACCGUGCUCGCCGUUGCAUCCCCCAAGUUCAUCAAGCAGUACGAGGUGAAGCCCAGCAGCGCCUCCUCCUCCUCCUCCUCCUCCUCCUCGUCACAGGCGUGGUCGGCGCAGAGCAGCAGCGGCAUCUCUCCUCCUCCUGUUGUCUUCCGUCCUUCGCAGGAGCUGAACUUACCGUGGGAGGACAGGAGCAUCAGCGAGGUAGACAAGGGCAUAGCAACAGCCGUCAACGUGGUUGAGAGCGCUCUCGGCAUCCUUUGGGACCGAGUGUCGACGGCUGUGGAAGUGAUUCAGACGGGGAUCGAAGGAGGCAGCCAAGUACAUCCGACAGGCGCCACUACCAUAGCAGCUCAUCCCUCCCUCCCCUUCUUCAUCUCCGGCGGCUCUGACGGGCCUCUCCUUCUCUGGGGCUUCGGCACCCCUCAACCACUAGCCGCCGUCGCUCCCGUCUCGUCCUCGGCCAUCAGCAAAGUUCGCUUCGACCCCUCCGGCCGUUUCGUUGCCGUCGCUGACUACACAGGACUUUGCGGCAUCUACGAGUUGGACUUCAGCUUGUCCUUGUCGAGCUCCGACAUGCAGCCCAUGCGCCCUCUCGAGCUGCUUCACACGCAGAGCAAGAGAACCUACGACAUGGCGUUCAUCAACAGCGGGAGCCUCAUUGUCACUGGCGGCCAUGGCAGCAACGCUGCUGUCCGCGUGUGGGACCUGCUCCGCCCUUCCACCAACAGCUGCAUCGCCGCACUGAACCUGCCGGAGGGAGGUUGCAACUCCAUGGUCCACGUGGCACAGGAGGGCGUGCUGGUGGCUGGAGGCCACAAAGGGGACGUGUGCCUCAUAUCCAGCGACAGCUGGACUCCUCUCGUGACAGUCCCAGCAGCACAUCGAGCAAGCAUCCGAGCUAUCGUCGCUGCUCCUGUGCAAACCAAGGAUGGGAUGAUGAUUGUGACGGGCGGCAAUGACGGGGACAUGAAACUCUGGAGCAUUGGACAAAUGCUCAGAGGAAACCAAGGUUGCCUGGAGACGCUGGAAAACGCGCACGAGAAGGCUACUUUCAUGAGGGCUGGCAGCUCUGGCGCUAUCGUUCCAGGAACCUAUGGGGUGCUCGACGUUAUCAGCACAGGAACUCAUCUGCUGUCUUGCGGAGGAGACGGCAGAGUGGUGAGAAGAGCCUGGAUUGCAAGUCAACUUAGAAAGUUAUGA